AUGCGCUCCAGGCUCCCACGGACCGCCUGUCUACUGCGACUCACCGCGCUCUGCAUCCUCCUCUCGCACACCGCAGCCUAUUUUGGGCUGACAGGUCGGGAACCCUUGGUGUUUUUACCUGGUCCGUUUUCCAAUGAACCUCCGACAGGAAAGGCCCACCUGAAGCAGUGCGAGCAGAUGCCUCUGACCAGGCGGCAGAAGAGGCUCUGUCGCCGGGAGCCUGGUUUGGCGGAGACGCUGCGGGAGUCGGUCCGCCUCAGCCUCCUGGAGUGUCGCUACCAGUUCAGGAGUGAGCGCUGGAACUGCAGCCUGGAAGGACGGACGAGUCUUCUGAAGAGAGCGUUCAAGGAGACCGCCUUCCUCCUGGCAGUGUCCUCCGCAGCACUGACCCAUGCACUCGCCAAAGCAUGCAGCUCGGGCCGAAUGGAGAGGUGCACGUGCGACGACUCCCCCGGCAUCCAGCAUCGGGAAGCAUGGCAGUGGGGGGUCUGCGGUGACAACCUGAAAUACAGCACCAAGUUUCUGAAGAAGUUCCUCGACCAGAAGAUGGUCAACAGGGACAUGAGGGCUCAGGUGGACGCCCACAACAUCAACGUUGGCGUUCGGGCGGUGAGGAGCGGCCUGAAAACAACCUGCAAGUGCCAUGGCGUCUCCGGCUCGUGUGCCCUGCGGACUUGUUGGAAGCAGCUGUCGCCUUUCCACGACACCGGGCGGCUGCUGAAGUAUCGAUAUGACACGGCCGUGCGGGUGCUGAGCGUCACCAACGUGGCCACGGGGGAGACGGAGCUCACCGGGCCCCGGCGUCACGGCCAGAGCCUGCGCACUACUGACCUGGUCUACCUGGAAGAGUCCCCCAGCUUCUGCAGGCCUUCACGCUACUCUCCGGGCACGGGGGGCCGGUUGUGCGCCAAAGACACCAGCUGUCAGAGCCUGUGCUGCGGACGGGGUUACAACACCGCCAUGCACCUCACCAGCCUGUCCUGCCACUGCCAGGUGCGCUGGUGCUGCCACGUGGAGUGCCAGACGUGUGUGAGAGAGGAGGAGGUGUACACCUGCAAAAGUGCAUAG